GGGACUGUGGAACUUAGCAUAACUCAGAUAAAUUGAGAUAUACUUCAAAUCGGAAAUUAAAAUUAACGUUGUGGUGAUUAGGAAAAAGAAGCUAGUGCCACAAUGGUGGAUUACAGCAAAUGGAAAAACAUUGAGAUCUCGGACGAUGAAGACGACACCCAUCCAAAUAUCGAUACGCCAUCGCUUUUCCGCUGGCGGCAUCAGGCCCGGGUUGAACGUAUGCAGGAACAGGAGAAGGAGAAAGAAACUAUAGAGAGCAAGAAGAAAAGCGCAGCGGAAAAGCUUAAGGAUGCCAAGGAAAAACUGCAGCGGAAUGAAGGCAAUCUGGAUGAGCUGAAGAAGAGCAUUGAGGAGCUGGAAAAGGAGCAGGCACGCGUGAAGCAGGAAGAGGAGGAGCUGCGCAAAAAGGAAAAGAUGCAGCCAUGGAAUGUGGACACGAUAAGCAAACCAGGCUUCGCGAAGACGGUAAUCAAUAAGAGCGCGAUAAAUAAGAAACCGGAAGAGCUGACCGAAGAGCAGAAGGAGUUGAGUUUGCGGGAUUUCAUAAAAAAGAAUGAAAAGCAAGUUAAAAAGUUUGGCAUGUUGCGGAAGUACGACGAUUCGAAAAAGUUCCUGCAGGAUAAUCAUCAUUUGGUGUGUGAAGACACGCCCAACUAUCUGGUCAUUUGGUGCAUCGAGCUGGAGAUGCAGGAAAAGCACGAUCUGAUGGGGCACGUGGCACACCAGUGCAUCUGUAUGCAGUACAUCCUGGACAUUUCGAAGCAGCUUGAAGUGGAUCCGCGCUCCUGUGUAGCGUCGUUCUUCCAGCGCAUCCAGGAGGCGGAGGCGAAGGCGGAAUACAAGCAGCAUUUCUUCGCGGAAAUCGAGGCGUUCAAAGAGCGAAUUCGCAAGCGCGCACAGGAAAAGCUGCAGGUGUUGAUCCAGGAGCAGGAGGAAGAGGAAAAGAAAGCACGCAUCGGUCCCGGCGGUUUAGACCCGGUGGAGGUGUUCGAAUCACUGCCUGAAGAGCUGCAAAAGUGCUUUGAAGAAAGAGAUAUCGGCAUGCUACAACAGGCAAUGUCAAAACUGCCCCCAGAAGAAGCCCGUCACCAUUUGCAACGUUGCAUAGACUCGGGGCUGUGGGUGCCGGAUGCAAAAACUGCAGCCGCAGCCACCGGUGGAGGUGGCACGAGUGCUGAUGAUGAAGAACCCGUGUACGAAGAGGCAAAGGACAAGGACUCUGCUUCGAAGGCUGAUGAAGAGACAGAUAAACAAUAGAUCAGUCAAUCUUUGGCCAAGGUAAAGCUACUAUCGGUGGCGUUCCAUUUGCAAUAUCUGUAUUUUUUGCUAGCAACUGAUUUUAAACAAAUCGUUCAGCGCGGCCCUUCUAUGUUACGUUGGACUUGUAAUCCGACUUACGUUUAGAGUAAAGAAUAUUGUCUCAUACACAGCUCCCAUUGUCAUAGAUCAUUACAACCUAAUUAAGAAAGCUUUUAUCAAGAAGAAAAUUUUCUUUUCUGCCAAACGUACAUAAACUAAUGGUUAUUUUAUUACAAUUAGAAAGAAAUGUUUUAGUUCGCAAAAUUGU